UGACCAGAUCUUCUCCAGUGCUCCUUUCAGGAGUUGCCAAAACCUUCUGGACAUGGAAUCAUUCAGUGCAGCCUGUAUGGCUGAUAUGUGCAACUCUAAUGACACCACUGACUCCAUCCUCUGUAAAACGAUCUCAGAGUUCUCCAGAGAGUGUGUCCACGCAGGUGGCAAGCCCCAACAAUGGAGGAAUGCAACUUUUUGCUACAAUGAAUGUCCAUACGGCAUGGAGUUCUUGGAGUGUAGCAGUUCAUGUCCCGACAGCUGCUCCACCCCUCAGGCCAGCCAGACGUGUGACAGCCACUGCCACGAUGGCUGCAGCUGCCCUCCCGGAACGGUCUUUGAUGACAUCAGCAACACUGGCUGUGUUGUAGUGGAUGAGUGUCCAUGUGUGCACAACAACAAAGUCUACAAGUCGGGAGAGUCCUACUCUUACACCUGCAGAUCCUGGUAA